AGAGCGCGCCGAGCCUCGCCGGGCUCGAAGGCAGCAGCGGGCUGCGGGCGGGAGGCGGCCGUCAGCGCCCCGCGCCUCGGGAGCGCCGCGGCCACAGCCCCCCCCCGUUCCGCCCGGCCCGGCCCUGCCCGGCCCUCCCCGCCAUGCCCCGGGCCCGCCGAGCGGCCCCGCUGUGGAUCUAAUGUCCCCGUGAAGGUGCCGGAGGCCCGGCAGGAGCUGCCCGCUGCGGACCUCGCCCCGCGCCGACGGCCCCGCGGAGCCCCGCCACGAUGGGCAGCAAGGCGCUGCCGGCGCCCAUCCCGCUGCACCCGUCCCUGCAGCUCACCAACUACUCCUUCCUCCAGGCCGUCAACACCUUCCCCGCGGCCGUGGACCAGCUGCAAGGGCUGUACGGGCUGAGCGCCGUGCAAACCAUGCACAUGAACCACUGGACGUUGGGCUACCCCGGCGUGCACGAGAUCGCCCGCUCCGCCCUCACGGAGAUGGCGGCCGCGCAGGGCCUGGUGGACUCGCGUUUCCCCUUCCCCGCGCUGCCCUUCGCCGCGCACCUCUUCCACCCCAAGCAGGGCGCCGCGGCCCACGUCCUCCCGGCGCUGCACAAGGAGCGGCCCCGCUUCGACUUCGCCAACCUGGCGGCGGCCGCCACGCAGGAGGACCCCCCGAAGGCGGGGGAGCUGGGCAAGCUGGGCCCCGGACUGCCGUCGCCCCUCUCGGGGCUCAGCAAGCUGUCCCCGGACAGGAAGCCUUCGCGGGGCCGCCUGCCCUCCAAGACGAAAAAGGAGUUCAUCUGCAAGUUCUGCGGCCGCCACUUCACCAAGUCCUACAACCUGCUCAUCCACGAGCGGACCCACACGGACGAGCGGCCCUACACCUGCGACAUCUGCCACAAAGCGUUCCGGCGGCAGGACCACCUGCGGGACCACCGGUACAUCCAUUCCAAAGAGAAACCCUUCAAGUGCCAGGAGUGCGGGAAGGGCUUCUGCCAGUCCAGGACCCUGGCGGUCCACAAAACGCUGCACAUGCAGGAAUCUCCACACAAAUGCCCCACAUGUGGAAGAACCUUUAAUCAGAGAAGUAACCUGAAAACUCACCUUCUUACCCAUACAGACAUCAAGCCCUACAACUGUGAGCGGUGCGGCAAAGUGUUCAGGCGAAACUGUGAUCUACGGCGGCACAGCCUGACGCACACCCCGCGGCAGGACUUCUGAGCGGCGCGGAGCCGCAGCUGAGCGCUGCGCUGCGGAGCCGCGGCCGUGCGCGGGGCCCCGGGGCAGCUCGUUGGCACCGCGCGUCCGCCAGAGCCGCCCCGAGGUGGGGUGGGGGGGCUGCAGGAUCGGGCCCCUCUCGGCCGCGCCGCUCCUGUAGAUAUCGCGGCUCAUUUUAGAGCUCUGUACAGAACGUGGUUUUAGUUUGUUCGUUUCGUUUCGUAUCCUCGUGUCCGAUGCACAUUGAUAACGGAUCUGGGAGGUGAAGUAUCUCUUAAAAAAUGUAUUUCCAAAUAAAUCCCCACCCUCCCCCCCCCCCUUUUUUUUUCUUUUUUUUUUUUUUUUCUUUUUUUUCCCCAAAUACCUCCUGCCUGGUUGUAUUAUUCUCGGAGCAUUUGGGCUUUUUUUUUUCCCCGCUGUGUCGAUGCAAUGGCGAAGCAUAUUGAAUAAAUUUCCCCGUCGGGUCAUUGUACUGUCACAACAAUUUUGGUGAUCGCUUUUGUUUGGCCGUUUCGCUGUUGCUUUCGUGUUAUCUAUUGUUAAGUAAAAUGAAAGUGCCGGAUUUCAGAGUUUAUAGCUCUAUUACUUAAUACUACGAAUGUCUAAAUAUUAACUUCUGUACCUUUAUUAUUUUCCCGAACGAAAUACUUUUAUUUUUUUCUAAAAAAGAAAAGAAAGAAAGAAAUCUUCGCAAAUAAACAAAUCUGAGGAAA